UACCCAUCUUCAACCUCUCUCUCCUUCCAUCGUAAAUUUUCUCUUUUCAAAACCCUAAAUAAAAAAUUCCCACCACCCCCGCAUGCCUUCUCCGUCUUCCCCGAUCGCUGCAAUCGCAAUCCCCCAUGCGACGCUAGCUUCUUCUUCCUCCCCGCCGGAUCCUCGAUCUCCAUCGCCGGGCAAUCGAAGCUGAAUCGGCCAGAAAUCAUCGAUCGCCGGCCGCCCGUCCAUGGCGAUCCCCAAGACCUCCAACUCCUACCCGGCGUCGCUGAGCUACUCGGUCCACCUGGAGAUCCGCCUCUUCUACGUCCGCAUCUCCCCCUGCGUCCCCGGCCUCGUCCCCGACCACCUCACCCUCCGCCACGCCCGCCGCGACCUCGGCGCCGCCCUCGAGAUCAACGGCGCCCGCGUCCCCGAGCUGAGCCCCGCGUCCGUCGCGCUCCGGCGCGACCGCGUCGACAAGGACGCGCUCGAGGUGACGUACCUGAGCACCGACAGCGUGCGGAUCACGGGCGGGGUCGAGUUCGAGGUGCUGGAGGGCGAGGACCUGGUCCUGUGCGGGUCGUUGGAGAGGGUGGACGACAAUUGGAGCAACGCGGGCACGGGGCUGGAGAGCGAUUCGAACAAAGGGUGGUUCAUGGAUUGCUACGUCGCGAAUUUGGGCGGUUCUUCGUCGUCGGCGUCGUCUUCCGCCUUCUUUCAACCGAAGAUGGGGGUGUCUUCUCCGUCCAUCGAGGUGUAUAUCGCGGGGCGGUGCUCGGGCGUUCCGGUCAUUUUGACGAAGACGAUACAGGUGAGCCCCAGAAGGAAGGGGUCGCGGCACGGAACUUUGGAUGCUAUACCGGAGGAUGAAGAGAUCGGGAAGGAGCAGAACAUUGGGAAUGGGUUGGUUCGACAUCGAGAUUUGCAGAUGGUAGAUGGGGAAUUUGAUGACUAUGGACCAGAGAGUAAAUUUGGGCACCCAUAUUACUCAGAAGACAUGUAUACUGGCGAGGACGGACAGCUUACAUGGUUUAAUGCCGGUGUAAGAGUUGGUGUUGGAAUUGGCCUGGGUAUGUGCCUUGGGAUCGGGAUAGGUGUUGGACUGCUCAUGCGCUCAUACCAAGCAACUACCAGGAACUUCAGGAGAAGGUUUUUCUGAAUCUGGUCCGCAUGAGGGUCAAACUCGCAUCGGUUUCUGUAAAGGGAUGCUGGAGCUCAGGAAUUUCACUCUGGUUAGUAGCUUGGACUGUCCAAGGUUUUGGUUACGUAUGGCAUCGGUCAGUGAACUAGAGUUAUAGAGCAAGUCAUGGCGAUUCUUUCGGAAGUUGUAUAGCAAUUUAUUUCUCGUGAAGCUUUCAAGAGAGCUGAAGCGGUUGUCCAAUAAACUUCCUUUAGCUGACAUCUGGACUGCCAGCAGCUGUUCAAACGAUCCCGUAACAUACAUAACGACGUUUGCUGCAGUUGUUGGUGCAGUGCGGCUGGUGUGUCGUAAACUUCAGUUUUGGUCCUCUUACUCAAAUUUUGCUGGCGAUCCGACUCGUGUAGUUAAGGUCCCGUUUGUGAGCUUUAUCGAGCAGUAGAUGUUUUGUAUGCUAAUGUGAGGAUGUAUCGAGGGAGAGGGUAUGCGUGAGUGCGCGCGCACUCGUUGUAUAGCUUUCGCAUUAUCCGGGUCCUCGUGUUGGAGAACGGUUCUCAUCUUUUGGGCUCAAGUGUGCGGAUGGGUACUUGGGAAAUGUAGAUUCGUCAGCUUAUUGUGAUAUUCGAUGGGUGUUAGCUUUGGUCGUUUGCAUUUAUCUAGUCUCAGACUCUCUCUGUCUAGGCAUCUUUCAUUCUUAAUAAGCUGUGAACUGUUUCCUCAGUUGUGCGAUUUCGCUUGUUCUAUGUGGAAAUAUAUACACAAUAAAAGCUACCUUUUUACAA